CUGACAUCUAAAGCAGCUACAGAUGUUUUCCCUGCCAAAAAAGUUAAAAAGCCAAAACGAGCGGAGGCUAACUUUUAUCCAUCCUUCCCUGUUGGAGAGACUCAAGAAAGUCUUGAAAAAGUCAGACUUGAACUUCUAAAAGAGAUCCAAAAGAGGAACAAUGAAGGUGUCACUGCAGACAAAAUGGCGCGCACAUUUGCCUACAGACGACAGGAAGUGGUGAACCAAGAACCAAGGGUUAAGGAUUUUAUGGAAAGAUGGCCUGCACUUUUCAGAGAGAAAGAGAUAAAUGCAGAGUUCCAGAGGCUUGUGGCUCUACCCCUUGAGCAGACGUUUUUUGCCCAGCUCGACAAGUACUCUGAUCAGCUGAUUCACGUUAUCCAGGCAAAAGGAGGAGCAACACGUGAAAAAACUGCAAACAUCAUGCAAACUUUAAACCAGGCUGAUGACAUCCAUCUUCAGAGGGAGUGUGUCCUGAAAGCUCUCAUUAUCUUCCUGGGAGAAGAUGCAGAUGACCUUAUUAGGGAGUAUAUUGAUACAGAUGCCGAUGAUGUCCAGUGGGAUCUGGAACGACUGACCAUGGCAGUAUUUGUUAUUCGGAAGGAGGGAGAAGGACUGCAAGAGCCUCCAGCAGACAUUGGUGUUGUCAUCGAGGGAGUGGAGGUGUUGCAUGACCUGACUUCAGUCGCCUCAGCUUGUGCCCUUCUUCUGGGUUUGGUCUACAUACUCAACCUAGCUUAUCCAAAGCCUCUACGUUUCACAUUUGAAAUGUUCCAGAAAGUGUUCAUGCAGCUUGAGCCACACAAGAUGUCCCACAAAGUUCAAAACUUGUAUGGUAGACUUCACAAUUCCCAGUAA